UUCAACUCAUACCGCGCAGGCGUAUUUGCGCGAGCGUAUCCAACUCACUCCGCCUUUCUCCUCGAAAUGCGCAUGCGCAAGGAGUCGCCACGCCAAGGAGAAGGACCUCACACCCAGUGACGUCAGUCUCCUUUCUUUUUGCCGGCGGCUUUCGACACUUCCUUUCCUCUUCCUGUGGCGCGCGGUUGUGACGUCAGGACGCCUGAAGCCUUCGGAAGGGCAAGGCCUGUCAGAAAAUGGCCGCUGUGGGAUGAAAAAGGCAGAGAUGAUGCGAAUAACAGUCAGAGCUUGGUUGGAAAGCCAGUCGAUUUGGGCAGAUUCACAUACACGGUGUUCGCUUUUUCCACAGAAGGUUAAAAGCUGGCACAAGAAUCUUAGCACAACCUGCUGGAUAUGUUCAAAGUCACGAAGGCUGGAAUGCAAAAGAAACCUUUCAGAAAAGAAGCUGACUCGCUGCUUUGUAGAUCAUCGAAAAGUGCGUCUCACAGCAGGCAAAGGAGGUGAUGGCAUUAGCUGUUUUCAUAGUGAACCGAGAAAAAUAUAUGGCGGCCCUGAUGGUGGAGAUGGAGGAGAUGGGGGACAUAUUAUACUGAAAGUGGAUCAGCAAGUCAAAUCCUUAGCUUCACUUCUCCCACUGUAUAGAGGUUUCAAUGGAGAAAAAGGAGGGAGUAAAAACUGCUAUGGAGCUGCUGGUAAAUCUAUUUAUCUUAAGGUCCCCAUUGGUACAGUGGUUAAGGAGGACAAUGAAAUUGUAGCUGACCUCAACCAACAUGGUGAGGAAUAUGUUGCAGUCUAUGGUGGAACUGGUGGCAAAGGCAACCGUUUCUUUCUGGCCAAUGAUAAUCGAGCACCAACAAUGGCUACUGAAGGAGAGCCAGGAGAAGAAAGAGUUCUCAAUUUGGAGCUCAAGACGAUGGCCCAUGCGGGCAUGGUGGGAUUCCCUAAUGCCGGGAAGUCUUCACUGUUGAGAGCGAUCUCCAAUGCAAAACCAGCUGUGGCUUCUUACCCCUUCACUACCUUAAAUCCACAUGUGGGCAUUGUCCACUACGAAGGCUAUGAGCAAGUUUCAGUUGCGGAUGUCCCUGGAAUAAUAAAAGGAGCCCAUCAGAACAGAGGGCUUGGCUUAGCUUUCCUAAAGCACAUAGAACGCUGCCGGUUUCUUCUGUAUGUGUUGGAUCUCUCUGUGCCUGAGCCAUGGACUCAGCUGCGAGACUUAAAAUAUGAACUGGAACAGUAUGAAGAAGGCCUGUCCAAGAGACCUCAUGCCAUAAUUGGGAACAAGCUUGAUCUUCCGCAGGCAAAGAGCAAUUUGCCUCUCCUUAAGGAGCAAGUAGAACAGAGAGUCAUCCCACUGUCUGCUCUGACAGGAGACAAUCUGGAGGAAUUAUUGUUGCAUCUGAAAGACCUAUAUGAUCAUUAUGUAAAGACAGAAGAACGACAGAGCUGUAAGCCAAUGAAGUGGUAGCUAGCAGGAAAGCUCUUCUUUAGUCACAUCUGGGAAGAAAGGGGGUGAAGGACGAAAUACCUAGUGUUUGUGAAACAUAUGUCUUGAACACAUCCAAAAUUAAAGGCACUUUCCUACAAAAGCGGAAGAAACAUACCAGUGACUUCUCUCCCCCCCCCCCCCCCCCCGGCCUUCCCCAUUGCUUAAUUGGGUUCUUAAAGACAUAGGGAAUAGUCUGUUGGCUCUGGUUAAUCUGAUUAUAUAUAAUUGUACAAUGUGUUCAUACACAUGUGGAGACUAAUACUAGGGCCAACGUGUAUAACACAGAAACAAGUAUUCUAUGAAUGUGCCUAGACCUUUCCUUGAAGCUCUGCUUGCUUUGUUUCUAUUUUAUUUGAGAAAUAGGCAAGAAUGAAUGACCAUCUGUAGUAGAGGAGGCUGUAUGACAAGUGAUAAAUAAUUUGAAACAGUGCUAUGAGAAAUUAACUGAUUUUACUGGUCUUAAUCAUGCUUAAUUUUGUGUUGGAUUAUAGCCACAAGCAAUUUCUAGGGCACAAAAAGAACAGAGAAUGCCAUUUUCAGAAUAUGCAUAAAUUGUGUUGGAAAUGUUCAUAAAAACACAAUGAUUGUCUGACUUUA